CAGAGUGCCAACUGAAAUAACGGUAAACUGAUCUGCCCGUUCACUGGCGAAACCACCCAACUUUUUCUGUCAGCAUGUUUGCCUACGUCCGGUAUAUUGACGACAACAUCCGACAGAUAGUGCCCUUGGACUACGUAAAAGGCUUCUGUCCAAAGGAUCUCAAGGAUUUUGAAACCAAGAAAAAAUAUAAUAUUUUGUGGAAGAAAUCGCCAGAGGACCAGGGGCAAUACUACAAAGCACAGAUAUUAAAAUUGGCUGAAUCUGAAGAGGAAUUAAAGCGCCAGCGAAUCUCAAUACCCCCACUCAACAGUGAUGAGGAAGACUGCUCAUCUACCAAAAGCUCAACGAAUCCAUCUUGUGACAAGACAAAUGACAAGACAAAAAAAAAGGCAGCAGUCCAAAGCAUACAAAAAAGGAAAAAUCUAAUGGAAAUCCUAAAAGAAAAGAAAAAAGUUGUCCAGAGCAGUUAUGAAACACACACUGAGUAUGUCCCCAUGGCUGUGCACAAGGAACUGCAAGAUAAGUACUAUAACCUCAAAAAAAGGAUGCGAGAGGAGGAGAUGAGUAAUGAAGAAAAAGGGGGGGAAAUCAAAUGUUUAAAAGAAGAGAAAAGGGACACGAAAGCUGAACUGCUGCAACUAAGGCAGUUAAACCUUCAUCUCCAAGAGGAGCUCUUCCAAAACAAAAAAAUAACACAACAGGAGCCACAGACCUCUACUGCAGGCCACACUCCCCUCCCACCGCAGCCAGUUCAUAGUCCAGAAGCAGAGGAGCAAAUGGCUAUAUUACUCAAAAUAACACAAAAGGAGCCACAGACCUCUCCUGCAGGCCACACUUCUCUCCCACAGCAGCCAGUUCACGGUCCAGAAGCAGAGGAGCAAACGGCUAUAACGCACAGGGAUGACAAGGAUCUAGGACAUGGAGUCAUGAUACCCGCAGAAAAAUGGGACAUCGUGAGGAGAGUUGAGGGUGACUUGAGAUUCUGUAAGAGCCUGGCUGUCGUGAUAUGGGGUACCACAGUCCUCAAACAGAGGAGCGUUACCGGCAUGAAAUGCAACGCUAAAAAAGCUGCUGAGGCAAAACCACCUCUGACUCCUGAAAAGAUCUCAGCUAUCAAAGAAUGUCUGUCUCAGAGACUGAAGGGAAGGGGUCACACCUCAGAGGACAUAAAUAAGCGCCUCUUAAGUGUCCGGAAAUACCUUGCUGAGAAGAUCAGUGACAUAAACCGGGCAAAAACUGUCAGUGGUCUGAUCAGUCAGCCCCAGUGAAGCCUGUGAAUUAAGUGUGAACUUAACUGUGAAUUAAGCAAUAAAAAUUUAAUAUUAAUGUUUUGUGUCAGAUGUUUAUUUCCAG